AUGACGACGACUAUAUUCAAACGAUACAUUCAGUCCCAUCAGAAACUUCGUGUCAAUGGUCUGGUAUGUUACAAUAACAGAGUUGUUGUUCCCCCUGCCUCUCCCAUUAUCAACGCCUUGCUGCAGGAAUACCAUGACUCUAACGCCGGUGGUCACUCUGGUGUUCUCCGGACUUUCAAACGUCUAGCUUAUCAGUUCUUCUGGCCCUCGAUGCACAAAACUGUCUCUGAGUAUGUUGCUGCUUGUGACACGUGUCAACGAUCAAAGUAUGAUAGCUUAUCACCCGCUGGACUAGUUCAACCGCUACCUAUUCCACAACAGGUUUGGGAGGAUAUCUCGAUGGAUUUCAUUGAUGGUCUUCCCCGUUCAGACAACCACACGUCUCUCCUGGUGGUCGUUGAUCGUUUGACAAAGUAUGCACAUCUGGUUCCUCUGGCUCACCCGUAUACCGCCAGGUCUGUCGCCUCGAAAUUCAUAGAGUUCAUUGUCAAACUUCAUGGCAUCCCAAAGUCAAUCGUGAGUGAUCGAGAUCCAGUGUUCGUGUGCUCAUUCUGGCAUGAUCUAUGGCGACUAUCUGGCACUAAACUCCGAAUGUCUUCUGCAUACCACCCACAGACUGACGGCCAGACGGAGGUAAUAAAUCGCUGUAUUGAACAAUUCUUGCGUUGUUUUGUUCACGACAGGCCUAAACAAUGGAGCUACAUGAUUCCGUGGGCUGAAUUUUGGUACAACACCACGUUCCAUUCAUCCACGAGAAUGUCACCCUUCAAUGGAGCUACGGUCGCGAGCCACCUCCGAUCCCUGGUUAUGAAUCAGGCACCACACCAAUCCACGAACUUGAUGAGCAACUGUUUUGAGGUUGGAGAUUGGGUAUUCCUGAAGCUACAACCAUAUCGCCAACACAUUAUCUUCAAACGCACGUCACAUAAGACAACAAGAUACUUUGGUCCUUUUCAAGUUGCUGCACGAGUUGGUCAUGUUGCAUAUCGGCUAACACUUCCUGAAGGUACUCGUGUCCAGUCUGUUUUUCAUGUUUCUCUUUUGAAAAACCGAGUUGGAUCCGACACACCCACAGCUGGUUCGCUUCCACCAAUUCGCUGGACUCUUGCGUCUUGUUCCCGAGGCAACCCUUCAGCACUGUUCCUCUUCCGACGGCACAACAGUAGUUCGUGA